AUCGAUACUUUGUACGGCGUGUCGAUCUCUGCCAUCAUCUUUAGCAUUUCCUUCGGCGCGAACCGUCGAACAGUUAUUUAGUUUAAUUGUUUAAGCAAAAAAAUAUAAGUUUUUAAGAUAUUUGUGCGGGAACGGGCACCGAGAUGGACUUUGACAACGCGAAGGAAAACAUCCAGCCGCUGGCCAGCGGUCGCAACGUGAGCCUGCUGCAGGCGUCACUCAGUCAGGACUCCGCCCACGGCCAGGAGCUCCUGGCGCAUCGCAAGCAAAUGGAGGAGGAGGUUCGCACAUAUGUAGGUGAGGACCCGCUGGAACCAUGGUACAAGUACAUCUGCUGGAUCGAGCAGAGCUAUCCGGCAGGGGGCAGUGGCUCCGGUCUCCACGCGGCGUUGCACCAGUGCCUGACGAAAUUCGAAGAGGACGAGCGCUACCGGCAGGACAAACGCCUUAUCAGGCUCUUUAUUAAAUUCAUGGAAAAGCAGAAGGAUCAGAUCGAGUUCUACCAGCAGAUGUACAACAACGGGAUCGGAACCAUGCUGGCCGACUUUUACAUUGCCUGGGCUUACAGCUACGACCUGAGCGGCAACAUGCGCAAGGCCGACGAGAUCUUCCGCCUGGGCCUCGACUGCCGCGCAGAGCCGCUAGAGGAGCUAAGGGAGGCGCACCAGCACUUCGGUUACACGGUAGGCCAGCGCUUGCUCUACACUACCGGCGAGGAGGCCAACGCGGUUAACCAAGAGCUAAACGAGAGGCGACUGGCGCUGCAGUCGCUGCAUGGUCGCCGUCAGCGGAGCACCAACGUCAUUACCGUGGGAAGUGUACGCACCGGAGCCGCGGUCAAAAGCGGCUUGCCAGGCGUGGUCCAGACAGAUGCUUCAAGCACCAGUGGUGUGCGCAAUGCCGGUCGUAAUGUGCAGGUGUUUAACGACGAAAACGCUGAAGCGAAUAUACCACUGCCUGUAUCCGAGACGGAGGGGAAGUCGAGCCUGCGUUCAAUCAUAGAUGCAGCUCGCGGGCAGGAGAAUGUUAAGGAACCGGUGGCCUGGAACACGGCGCAUGCCAAGCGCCACAAGCACGGAAAGAUCUUUGGUAAUAACACCACUGCGGACCUGGGUUUUGACAUACACGUAGAUGAUCAUGCGCAUCCACCCAUCACUAACUAUGAGCGCCGCCUAGAUCAGCCCUUUAGAUUUCCGCCUAACUUUGUUGUUAAGAACAAGCCUCAGCAGGCAUGGGUGACGCCAGUUACCAUUGAGGACGAGCCGAACGCAAAUGGACUGCCUUGCUACAAUAAGUGCCUGCUUUAUCCGCGUCCAAACCUCGAAUUCUCGCCUGAGGAAUACCGUGCCUUUGUCCAUCUGAAACGCCACGACCCACAUCGUCCAUUUGUACAGCGCAACGACGAGUGGUGGGGAACUGGUGGAGUGGUAAGAGGAGUGCGCUGCUAUCCGAACUUCGCCAAAUCUUCCAAGCCGCAGCCGAGAGACGAACUUGACAAGUUUUGGAAGCCCCCGCUCGUGCAAGGUCUUCAGGUCGUUUUCGACAAGAUCUACAACGACGAGGAGCAGCAGGAGUACCAAUCAGAGGAGCUGCUGGCAGCCAAGUGGCUGGAGAAGCGGAAUGUCACUGUUCAUGGCGACUUCGAUAUGGAAGAAACGGUCUGCUUGCCUGGUAACAAGAUGCCACGCCGUAAAAGUUUUUUCCCCUCUUCCUCCAGAAAAUCCAUGAUGCAGCGCAGGGUUUCCUCGGUGCAGGAGGAGUAUGAAAAGGAGGAGGAAGAAGCUGCUGUGGUCGAAGAGGAAGCAGCUUCGCAACCACUUGCGAAACCACAGACAUCAGUUUCAGCCCAGUUGCCGGUUGUAUCCGAGCAAAAAGUGAUGCAGCAAAUUGAAAUAUUUAAGGAUUCUGUCGCAUCUUCAGAUGACCACUUUGCGGUCCCGGCUCCCCCUGUCCGCAAGAUAGAGAUCUUUGAAGAUUCAGAAGACUCGCAGCCAACGCCCAAAACGAAACCCUCAUCCGCCGGACCUUUUUUCGAUGGGGAUGAGACAUGCUCAACGCAAAUGUUCAACAUGUUCAUAAAAUCGCAGGCCGUUAGCACGCCGAAGGGCACACAGAAGCAAGCACCUUCACGUCAAUUCGGAACCGUGCUCAGAGAACUGCCACCAGCGGAGGAACCAGCUCCUGUUCCUGCCGUCGAGUCCACCCCAUGUUCUCCCAUGUUGCGAAAGCAGCUUUCCACCAUACUGGAGACCUCUGAGCAUGGCACUCAAAGCUUGGCGACCAGCUGCGCCACCACCAAGUCUACCAUUACCUCUUCGUCUUCGCCCGGAUCCCACACUGUUUUCAAAGUAAUAAGCAAGAAUGAAGAGAGCACUCCUGGCCAAAUGCGCCUGCAGCGCAUGGUUGGUUUAUCCGCAGUCGUCGCGGAGACGGAGAAUCAUGGUGGUGACAACUUUUCCCGCCGCGAGUUAUGGGAACCCAAUGCCCCUAGCCUGCCGAUGCUUAAGUCCCUGCGCUUCCAGGAGGAUAAGACAGAAACGAUUCCCAGGCCUCUAGCCUGCUUCCAGGAAGACAAAACUGAAACGAUGCCACGUAUGCCCACCCUUCUGUUGGAGGAUUCUUUGUCUCACGGCUCGGUGGUUAAUGACAAACCUUCACCCCUUCCAAAGCUUUCUAUUUCGGAAGACGAAAACGAUUUGUGUGGAUUGUUUGGGAAGACACCGCCGAAGAUAACGAUAUUUGGCUCUCCAAAGCGCAUAUGCGAACGGACCACCCCCGAUCUUUUUACGUCGAUGAAAUGCACCCAGGACGCAAUGAACUCUUUUGCGUUGGACACAAGGAAACCGGGAACUGCACUCAGCACCAGCAAGCUUGAGGAUUCCAUCAUGACCGACCUUUCCUUUGUGCCAGAAACUCAGCUUGGUACAGUGCCCAAGCCAAAACCGGAAGUUAUGCAAAAGAAAUUCGAAAUCUUUCUCGACGACUCACAGCCAGAGGUAGCCGCUUCUAAAACAGUAGCUUCGGUGGCCUCAAGCUUUGCCUUGGACUACACGCUCCCAGAAACGCAGCCGCCAGUACAGUCAGCGGGCAAGCAAGAAACUGAUGGGCAAUCCCAUAUGAUUGCCUCGUUCAUGAAGGAUUGCAUUGAAAUAAGCAGAUGCCCUUCACAAACACCACCGCCUAUUGUCGCAACUAAUCUUACAAGCACUGCCACGGUGCCCAAGUUCUCUAGAGAUUCCAUGUCAGGAAAUCCCGCUAAUGACAAAUCAAGUUGUGGUAAGCAAGCCGACCAAUUUUUUGAGCUAAACGCUGUCACUGAGAUGUUUGCCACCAAUAUUAGUAUGAUCAAAAAUUCUACGCUGCUACAACCGCCUGCAGAGUUAAUUCUUCCUUUAGAAGAAGCUGAGUCCGCGGAGCUAAGCAUAUACUACAAGACAACACCAGUGACACCAAAGCAGUCGCACCAUUCCUGGUCGCAGUCUGAUUUUAAAACUCCUUCGCGGGAGCAGUUUGUCCACCCCAAAAACAGCGUGGAUCAGUCGGUGUUGAACGAAACGCUGGCCGACCCCAACAAAAACCCUUUCAACGUAGAUCUCAUUAGGUCGCUACUGGAAUCCAUCGACUUUUCCCUGUACAUCGAAAAGCUGCCCCACUGUCACCUGGUGGGUCACGUUAAACGUCUGCAUCCUAAUUCCCAGCUGGAGGUGCACAACGAGAAGUUCGAGGUGGGCAAGAUGAUAGGCAAAGGAGCCUACGGAUCGGUUUACGUAGGACAGCAUAUCAAAUCCGGCAAGAAGGUGGCCCUGAAGCAGGAACGGCCAACCAACUACUGGGAGUUUUAUAUAUGUCUGGAGGUUCACAGCCGUUUAACCAGUGAGCAAAUGAUUCCAGCCUACCAACAUAUUGAUUAUGCGCUGGUAGGGAACAAUUCCAGCGUAUACAUCUCCGAGUUUUCAGACUACGGUUCACUGAUCGGUGUUUGCAACAAGAUAAAGAGUGUCACCAACAGGAAUCUGGACGAGUAUGUGGUAAUGCAUCUGAGCUGCCAGAUGCUCGAUAUUGUGGAUCAUUUACACGCUAUGGGAAUUAUUCAUGCCGACAUCAAGCCGGAUAAUUUCCUGCUUAUGAGACCGUUAUGUGCGGAUCCAAACGAAUUAAGCCUGCAGCUGAUUGACUUUGGUGUGUCUAUUGACACCAAGCUCUUUCCAAACAAUCAGACAUUCAAUUAUGUUCACCACGAUGAUCUGUUUAAGUGUAUUGAGAUGCGAACACAGCGCCCGUGGACUUAUCAGCUUGAUUUAUAUGGCUUGGUUAGCGUUAUGCAUGUGCUGCUUUUCGGUCGUUACAUGGAGGUUGCGCCAAGAACUGGGAGCACCGUUUGGAUGCCGAAAACAACCGUGCCACGUUACUUUCAGCGACAAAUGUGGGAGAACAUCUUCCGAACACUGCUUAAUGUUCGAGACUGUCGCACAAUGCCCAAUCUACAACAAUUGCGUACGCAGCUUAAAUAUGAACUUGCGGAGAAGGAAAAAUAUGUUGGCGAGGCCAUAAGCAAGUUCAAUACGAUACUACAGCCGUAGCCUUCGAUUUUUUUAUAUUUUUAUUUAAAACGCCACACAAGGAUGGACCUGGUUUUCGAUUCUGUAUUUUGUCUGCAAUCGUCCCUUCUAUUUUUAAUUAUUAACUUUAGCAAUAUAUAAUAAAAAUAACCAUAAAUAAUA